GUUGGAAAUACUAUUGUGUUACACUUUUACUGGUAUUUUUUUUUUUCGUGGUUAUUCACAGUUUAGUUGACAGUAAUAAGUAUGAAUAUCGCGAGUGCGACCUUGGUGGUGAUUUUUUUGCAUUUUAGUCAAAAUGCCGAAUCUGCGGGCCAGGGUUUCAAAUUACACUUGGCCAAAGCUUACUCGUGUGAUAAUUCCAAUACGACUUAUAUCGUCAAAGAUAUCAAAAUAGACACUCACGAUGAUCAAAGUCAUCUGACCGUUGUUGUCGAUUUGCUUCAAGAUAUCAACGUAUCUAAUAUGACCGUCAUGAUUGAAAAAUGUGACCCGUCUGGAGAAAAAUGCGAAUCGAUGGGUAAAUUCACCAUCAAGGAUCUUUGUAACGUGCUUUUCGCCAAAAGUAAAGUCUGGACCGCUGUGAUCGAUUCCAUCCAACCACGCCCGGAGUGCCCUCUUUUGAAGAAAAAUGAAUACGUUUUACAAAAUGCCACCGUUAAUGUGAACGAUGUAAUGAAAUUAUAUCCAGACAGUACAAAAUUUUACUGGAAAAUCCAAGGCAUAUUGAACGAUGUUGAUAAUAAACCGAGAGCUUGUGCUGAAUUUGAAGCAACGUCCAAGACGUAAUUUUUUAAUUUUUUCAGUAGUAGCAAAUUGUUUUACUACAAUAUUUGUUGAGUUGUGAAAAUGUAAUUCUAUUGCGAAUUAAAAUAUGUAUUUCA